AUGUUUGGUGGUCUCUUAUCAAUCAAAGAAGAGGAAGAUCCUGGGGCUGAUAACCCCCAGGACCUCCUUGAUAUGACUUGUAGCAGUGACAUUGAGCCGGCAUCAAUUCUUCAAGACUUGAACAUUGAUCCCACUCUUCUCCAAGCAGCAUCUCGCCAAGCAGUGUCUCCAGUUGCAUCAAGUUCGGAAUUUCCCUCAGUACAUGCCAAGCGAAAACUUGUCCAUGACCUGACUUGUGAAGAGACACCAGCCAAACUUGAAGGGCCUAUGCAAAAGGAGGCACGACUCACUACUGUGUCACAGGACUUGGAAGGAGAGCACACACUUGCUGUAUCAAAGCAACGAGUGUCUGGUUCAGGUUCAACAGCUAUUCAAAGUUUUUUCACGUCCCACAAGCCGCUCGCUGACUCAACUUCCAUCAAAGUUCAAACUGGGUCUCUGACAGUGCCAACUGCAGCAACAGCUAGUGCCAGCUCACUUCAUACUGUAUUGCCUACUAACAACAAGCAGGGGCUGACACGGUCCCAGCAAUUAUUUCAUAUUUGCAGUGGCAUUGACCCUUGGUCCCUCAAUAUCUCAUCUGAUGCCGAGUUCUACCUUUUCAUGGAUAUGAGGUUAGAGUACAAAUGGACAACAUUCGGCAUGAAUUCACACAAAUGGGUUCAAGCUACUGACUAG